GGAAGAUAGUUAUAGAUACUUUUUUUUUUUAGUUCCAAACAAGACUCUCACGACGAAGGUUAUCCGGGCAAGAAGAUUGAAAGAAAAUUUGAUUAAAGAAGUGUUAGUUUAGUACAGACGUCAAACAGAAAAUGGAGAUGCAAGGUAAAACUGUUCUUAUCACUGGAGCCAACAGUGGAAUUGGCAAAGAGACUGCCAGAGAUUUGGCGAAAAAAGGUGCAAGAAUUAUAAUGGCAUGCAGAAAUCAGGAAACUGCUAAAGCAGCUAAAGAGGAAAUUGAAAAAGAAACCGGAAACAAAAACUUGAUUCUUAAGAAACUCGAUUUGGGAUCCCAAAAAUCAGUUCGCGAAUUCGCUGCAGAUAUAUUAAAGUCUGAGAAGAAGAUCGAUGUCCUGAUUCAUAAUGCUGGUAUGGCUUUGGCCUUCCGUGGUGCAACUAGCGAAGAUGGUAUCGAACUAACAAUGGCCACCAACCAUUAUGGCCCAUUCUUGCUGACACAUUUGUUGAUUGAUCUUUUGAAAAGAAGUGCACCAAGUCGAAUUGUUAUUGUUGCUUCUGAAUUGUACAAAUUAGCUUCGGUGAAUUUAGACAAACUAAAUCCAAUUGGAACAUUCCCAGCUGCUUAUUUAUACUAUGUCUCGAAAUAUGCUAAUAUCUACUUUGCUAGAGAAUUGGCAAAACGUUUGGAAGGUACCAAUGUGACUGUGAAUUUCUUACAUCCUGGUAUGAUUGAUUCAGGAAUUUGGAGAAAUGUUCCAUUCCCAUUGAAUUACCCAAUGAUGGGAAUAACUAAGUUGUUCUUCAAGACACCCGAGCAAGGUGCUUUGACAACAAUUUAUCUAGCAUCGUCUGAUGAAGUUGCUAAUGUAUCGGGCAAAUAUUUUAUGGAUUGUAAGGAAUAUGAAUUAAAUGCAGCUGCUAUGGAUAUGGAGAAAGCAAAGAAAGUUUGGGAGGAAUCUGCAAAGAUUGUUAAACUCACUGCUAAUGAUCCUAAGAUCUAAAAGUAAUAUAUUGACUGAUUUUUUUUGUAUCGUAGUGGUGUAUUAAGAGUUAAUAGCUUAAUUUUGUCGUUUUUUGUUUUUUUUGUUUUAUGUGCAAUGCUUUAAGGAAAAAAAAAACAAACAAACCAAGUGUGGUGUUUUAUAUUGUUCUUAUUUUUUUAAAUAAAAUCUUAUUAGUCUGAUAAUAA